CUGAGACUUCUGGUUGCCCUUGACAGAACCAAACACAGCUGUCUGAGACUUCUGGUUGCCCUUGAUAGAACCAAGGAUUCACCUUGCCACCAUCUUGCUUGGAUUUUUAGAACAAUCACUUAGAAACAUAAUUUAUAAUCGUAACAAACUUAACAUUAGAAAGAACAGUUUUAGCAAGUUGUUACAAUUUUGUUUUUACAACUUUCAAUGCAUUCCCUUUCUUUGUAUGUCCCCCAUCACACUGAUUUAGCUGAGCUGCCAUUUUUAUCUCGGCUCUAUAGUUGUUACAGUCGUUAUCAUCAUUUAAUUUUUUUUUAUUCCUACGAUCAAUUUUUGUUGUCUUAAAUUUAUACACCCUUAAAUACAGACACUAUCGAUGAAUUUGAGUAAUUUUUCACGUCUUACCCUAGCCAGCCUCUCACCCAUCUCCCCCCAAUUCCCCUCAGGGUUUGCCCCCCCCUCCCCCCCCCCCACGCGCUUCCUCCUCCAAACUGACUGAUCCAUUUUCUUGAUCCAUUAAAAAUUUAGCAACAGGUGACCAAUUUAAAUAUAUUUUUUCUAUCUUUAUUCGUCUAAAAAAAAACUAUUUUAUGAAAUUGCAACAUAGUAAAGUACUGACCUCCCCUUAUCCUCUUCCCAGUCUGUUGUUCAUCGCGGUAUACAUGUGACUGAGAUUCAUGAUUUAACAACAUUACGUUAUUAAAAUGCGAAGAAAAAAAAAUAUAAAAAGAAGUCUCAGAAAGAGCACCGUAAGUUGCUCAUUGUCAAGUCCGAAGUUUUCGCUUCUGUUUACUUCUCGAAUGUUUACAAAAAUGUCAUCAUAUAUCCUGUCACGUCUUGAAUAUCUUUGUGGUGAGCUAAUCCUAACACAUAUUGACAUAUCUUUGCUGUGAGCGAAUCCUGUCACAUAUUGACAGUCCUGUUAAACAUUUUGUUAGCCCCCCAGAAUGCGAACCACUUGUUCCGCUAAGUAUAUUUGAUAGCAAAUAAACUCUUCCUUCAGAUUCGGUCUGGGUGCACUCACGAACAAGGCUUGUGAUUGGUCCAUCGCACAGCUGAAGAGAGCCAAUCACGUGCUCAAGUGUAUGCAAAUGAAUCUCAUUUUGUCUUUCAAACUCCCCCCACCCCAUCCCCUUAAAAAAAUAAGUUUGUCCAGAUGGGGACGCUGUACUUAAGACUCUAGAUAUUGAGAGAUUUUUUUUCACGGUAAUUUAAAGAGCAGACAGUAAAGCAAAGUUAAGAGAUGGUCAGUUUGAUACAAAAAAAUAUGAUUACAUUUUAAAACCUUUUAAAUAUUUUGGGCCUCAACAUUUUUAACUUUUUCAGAAAAACUAAAUUUCACGAUGAAAAUUUCUUAAGAGCAAUGGAGUUUAUAAGCACAACGUAAUUGAUUUAAAACUGAGCCCGGAGCUUACUGUAACCGUUAUACAAAGUCACGACUUAACAAAAUCUUAGCUCUGUUCUCAAUUAAAAGCUUCUCAUAUCAACUUAAUUAUGCAUGUCCCGAAUAUGUCGGUAUUGUUGGAAUGCCAACUGAGCUGUACAUGGUGACCUACUUCACUAUCGUGUUUCUAACAUGACACACACACAUACACACGCACACACACACACACACACAUAAACACACACACAAACACACACACAUACACAUAUAUAUCUAUAUAAAUAUAUAUAAAGAGAAUAUAUUUAUGUAUAUGCGCCUUGUUAUUUCUCAGUGUUAGUCCUAUCAUAUAAUUUAUUCAAGUGAAGGGAUAUGCGUGCUGAAUGGAAGCCAUUUUCGUUAAGUUGAUAUAUCCAGAUCUUUAUUUAACCUGAUUUAAGAUUUUAAUGUGGACAGGUGAUCAGCAGGAAGAAAUGUUGACAACAAGCGCCAUCUUUUCUGCUGAAUACGACCAAACAAACCCAACAAAUCUUUUGUCAGUUUAAAUCGUGUUACGGUAUGCAUCUGGUAGAAAGAAAGGUUAAUAAUGUAGGAAGAAGGGGUGGUCAGCCUAGCGCGAAAAAAGGGGCGGCAUUUUCGGCCAAGUGCAGAGGGGUUUUUUUCGUGUGGAAGGAGGGCGGCAAAAAUUUUGGCCGUCCUGGAGGGGGGCAUUAACCAUAGCUACGCAACUGCAACCAGGACGCGCCACCAUCGUUGUUUCAAAGGCAAAUAAGACUAGUAUAUGAGCGUGCUUUGUCUCAUUUCGAUAACAAAAAAACAAAACAAACAACCACCCCUCCCCAAAAGAACACGAUGGAUAUUGUAAAAGGCUCGUGUUUUCAAGACAAAUACUUCUUCCAAUUAGGAUUAUUAAAAAUCGUUGAAAAUCAGAUUUAACCACUUCACUUCGCUAACAUAGAUAAAAAAGAAUAAGAACUAUAUAUAUAUCUGCUUUAGUGUAAAUUAUUAACUUCAAUCAUGGUUUUCAUUGUGAAGGCAUAAAGUUUAAACAUGAGUUAUCAAUGUCAUGGAGGAAGUCUGCGACAUCAGAGAAUAGUAUUGAUCAAAUGCUUCCCAUGAGGUAGCUACAUGCCGGGUGGCUCUUGCUGUUUUAAAAAAAAAAGAGUUUGACUGCUUGAGAAUCGAAUUUAAGUACACAUUUUAUUAAAAUAAAGCGAUGUACACAUUUUAUUAAACUAAAGUGAUCUACACAUUUUAUUAAAUUAAGCGAUUUACACAUUCUAUUAAACUAAAGCUAUCUACACAUUUCAUUAAACUAAAGCGAUGUACACAUUUCAUUAAAAUAAAGCAAGCGAUGUACACAUUUCAUUGAACUAAAACUAUGUACAUAUUAUAUUAAACUAAAGCGAUGUACACAUUUUCAUUAAACUAAAACUAUGUACACAUUUUAUUAAACUAAAGCUAUCUACACAUUUUCAUUAAACUAAAACUAUGUACACAUUUUAUUAAACUAAAGUGAUGCACAUAUUUUCAUUAAACUAAAACUAUGUACACAUUUUAUUAAACUAAAGCGAUGUACACAUUUUAUUAAACUAAAGCGAUGUACACAUUUUAUUAAACUAAAACUAUGUACAUAUUUUGUUAAACUAAAGCGAUAUACAAAUUUCAUUAAAUUAAAGCGAUGUACACAUUUCAUUAAACUAAAGAGAUGUACACAUUUCAUUAAACUAAAGCGAUGUACACACUUUAAAGCGUAUAAUAUCAGUGUCCAAUCACAAACAUGUACACAGUGCUAUUUAAAUCCUUUUGAAGUUACAAACAAGCGGAUUUAGCAGUUGAUUAAAUCCCCCUAUUCCCUUUUCCCCCGAAUGGCCUCAAUCUGAGAAAACUCGCUAAGUGUCCCUUGAAGGGACUGGGGUUUUUAGCUUCACAAACAUGGUGCGAGAAUAGCCUCUAUGACAGGGUUCUUAACCAGUGUCAAGGGGUUCGGAUGAUCCUGAUAAUAAGUUUUAUUUGCAUUUUCUUAGCGUGAGAAAAAAAAAAACGGGCUGGACACAUGUUUUGAAAUCGAGAAAACAUACGGUAAAUAUUUUGAAAUCAAGAAAAGGUUAGGUAAUUGUUUUGAAAUAAAGAGGGAUGCUGCAGUGCUGUUCAAAAGGAUAAGAACCCCUGCUCUAUAGACCGAUACACGAGAAUUCUAUUCGAAUGAAGAGUUGUCAAACCUAGUUUCUGGUUUCGGCGUCUAGAUUUGUUUCUUGCCAUAAAGAGUCUAGACUUCAGCUAAAACAUUACAGACGCAAUUUAUUUACGUAAUAGACAUGAAAGAUUGAACGAAAGCCUUCCGUUGACGAACUGGUUUCAAUCAAAUUAGAUUUGAUGUGUUGCCAUCUCGCCGGAUGAUUCGCGCUUGUGAUGGAAAUCAGUUGUCCUUUUAUUGCACUGGAAACCCGUCACCGCAUCAUAAAAAAUGGCUACUGUCUCUCUAAGGUCAUGACCCUCGGCCUAAAUAUAGACUUUGGUUUGUGAAAGAAGAAAUGUUAUCGACUUUGUCUUUCGUUGUUAUUAUUCGUUAUAGGAGUUUUAUAGAAUAUGUUUUCAACAAUUCGACUCAUGUGAUAUUUAAAAAAAAAAAUGAUUUUAAAUAAUUUCGUAAUGUUUAUCUUGGAUUGUCUUUGAAAUCAUCCCGACAGAUCUCAGUUUCAGUGAGAUUUGUGUCAUCUGAUAGAGCCCAUAAAGCAAAUGUUUGGUAUUUCCAUCAUGCCCGACCGUCGCGUGGAUCACCCACGGGGUUUUGCGAGUAGGCAGACGAUUCCGUGGCAGUGUCGGAUAUAAUUAACAUUACAUAAGCGGAGCUCUAGAAUAAACAGGCGUCGUGCGAGGUGGGUGGUGGGUGUGAAGGUGGGAGUUAACUAUAGUGUCUCACCAAAUUUCACUAACCUGGAAAGUGUCUGGGACCCUUUUACGACAUUGGGUGUGACCAGUCGCAAAUGAGUCUUGACUUGGGUGGACAGUUGGUCCAGCUCCAUGACGUCUUGACUUGGGUGGACAGUUGGUCCAGCUCCAUUACCAAAAAAAAAAAAACCAAAAAAAAAAAAAAAAAUAAUGAGUCUUGACUUGGGUGGACAGUUGGUCCCGCUCCAUGACGUCUUGACUUGGGUGGACAGUUGGUCCAGCUCCAUUACCAAAAAAAAAAAAACCAAAAAAAAAAAAAAACCAGCACACUAUACGCCCGUCAAGUAAAAGAAAUUUAGAGAGCCAUCUAAGCAUGGCUCGGAGUUUGAACCAAAUCCACACACGGCAAAUUCUGCUUUUGUACAUCUUUUUACCUCGUGGUUGCGUAGAGCAGGGUUCUUAGAGACCUUCGUUUCAGUGAGCUUCAUGUCUUUUGCAAAUCAAUAAUAAUAUGCAUUGAUAUGUAGCAUACAUUCCCGGUGCUUGAAUUUUGCUUGAUCCAAAUUAGAUCCCUAGCAGACGUUAGCGUUUGUUGUGGGCGUGGCCUAUUCGUUUGAUGUAUCUUGCUUACAGCCGUGUUUACCAAUUAAACAUGUUAGACUGUCUCCUAGUAUUUUGUAGAAUGAUCUCGAUUUGUGCAAGAAAAGUAAAGGCGUUUUCUAGACGCAUCGGUAGACCCACAUAUAUAAAGGAUUGACAGGCACAGAGAGAGAGAGAGAGAGAGAGAGAGAGAGAGAGAGAGAGAGAGAGAGAGAGAGAGAGAGAGAGAGAGAGAGAGAGAGAGAGAGGGAGAGAUUCGACGGAGAUUCAGAUAGGUUUUAUUAACGUUGCGAGACGUGUAUUAUUCUGUGUGUGCUUAUAUGUGUUUAUUCUCAUUCUUCAUUCGUUGGCACAUUGUACUAAUUGUGUACCGGUACCAGUUAUACCAUAGUCUGUAAGUUGAUGAUUUGUAAUUAUAUUUCUUUUGUUUAUUAUUGUAUUAAUACUGAAUUAAAUCGUAUUAAUUGUAAUUGUUACUGUUUUGAGUGCCGUACUUGUGUUAUUGUAUUUCUAUAUGGUAUCGUCCUUUGUUAGGCACUGUUAGAACGAGCCAUAAAUUUAUAAUAGGCGAUUAAUUGCUCCCAAUACAAGUCAGUGCGUAACAUGCAUUUAUAAACUUUAUUUUAAAAGAAGUGUUCCGUUACUUCCAUUAGUCUGGUAUGUAGAACAAAAAUGUUAAAACACCCCUGGCCUAGACCGUAUGGUGGAUACACCUUCAACACUAUCGCUUAAUUCAUUUAACGGUAAUAUUGCUCAUUAACUAUUCUUUUUCUGACACAAAGACUUCAAAAUACACAAUUAUUAAUAAGCUUGGGUUUGCAUAUGUUUCAAGGGCGGAGAUUUUGUUGAAAUUUGAGUGAAACCAAACAAGCUAUCAAUUAUUUUCAAUAAACGAGCCAUUUAAAGGGAGGGCAUUGUUUCAUUGAGUUCUUGGAGUCACCUCUUAACAGCUCUCUAAGUCUUUUCAUCUCCAAGCCUUUUCUAACCAAUCUCACAAGAUUCGGCACGAAGUGGGAUUUUCAAAACUCAUAAAUCAUCAUCAAAAUAUAUAAUUCUCUAUGUAACAAUGUCACUAAUGCUACAAGAUAGCGCUGAUUUCACUAAAUAAAAUUCCCUGUAGCUGUGCUAAAUGAGAUGCUUAAAAUAUCACAAGUGGAUUUGGUUCGUAAUAUUUUCUUCUUGUUUUUUAUUACGGAAAAUUGUGAAUUUAAAUAUGAUGGUAUAAUACUGCGGUAUAAAAGUGGGUGGGGCAAUAGAAUAUUUAUAUAAGUCAGGGGCGGUUGCAAACCUGGGGUGGGGGGGGGGUUCUAAUUGGGAUUUUUACGGAGUGCGUCACUUGAAUUUGAACGCAAGUUUUGUCAUAUAACUUUAGCAGAUAUGAAGUUCCGCAUUGCGGCCGUCAUUGUUUGGCAGGCUUAAGCUGGUUUUAAAUAACUUAAAUUUAAACGUUAUUUAUUUAUUUAAGCUUUCAUUAAAUAUCAUUAGGCAAACUUGAUAAGAACAAGGUCAGCCAAGUGUAACGUAAUGCAGAUUUCCUUAAGAUUGUAAGAGGAAUUAAUUGCAGGAAAGGCGCAUGGAAUUACAUAAAGUGGGGGUGGCAUACAUUUGCUCAAAGAAAGGGUGGCAAGCCAUGACUUGAAGCGAGGGUGAAAUGGAGAACGGAGACUUCUGAUUAUUCACUUUCUGGCCAACAAGACAGUGACUUUAAAAAUCGUAUGACUGUUGUUGUGAUCUCUCUCCCCUUGUUAGGUGCUCUCGGCGUGGUGUGGUUUGUGGCGUGGAUGUAUGUUGUGUACGACUCACCUGAGCUGCACCCCAGGACGUCGGACCGUGAGAAGAAAUAUAUCACUCAAAGUCUCCAGGGCAACAUGACGACAUCGAUGGAGGUCAGGAAACAAUUAAUGUUAAGGAUUUUGUGGGUAGAAGUUUAAUAGUGCACAGCAUAGUGACGUGUUUUUAGACUAACCAUAUUUUCAAUCUAAAUAUUAGGAUGGCAUAUAAGUUUUAUUUGUAAAUUGUUUUAAUAUCCCCAAGUUUUUUUAAUGAAACAUUAGGCAUGCCAUUAAUUUCCACUGAUUUAGUCAUUUUGUACAUCAUACUGUAGUUUUGUGAUUGUGAAAUGCAUAAAGGAUGGGUGAAUAAGAAGGCAUUUAGAUCCUAUUUAAAUUCUAUCAAAGUCGCAUUAAAGAUCCUACGAUGUUUCUAAAAAAUAGGUCUGUACUAUUAAUAUUUAAGCGUUCUUCUUUUUAACCAUUUAUUUCAGCUCGAAAAAUGAAGCUAUUCUGUACGAGCUAUUUUAAACUGACAAUUGUAUUUCCAACUCUAAGAUAUGGACAUAUGAAGUAGCCUAUAUGUUCAGAUUAAAUAUUAAGCAAAUUAACCAUUUAUUUUUUUCAAUGCGCAACACUUUUCUCGAUAGGAUCAGUUAAGGUUGUUUUACAACUAAUCUACACAAUUGUUAGAUUCGUUAUUUUUUAAAUUUUAUCUCAAUGCUAGUUUUGACAUUGCAUUGAAAAAGCCCAUUUUGAUAUCAUAUCUGACGACCACAUUUACGGUAAACCUUUUGAUUGACAGAGAAAAGUAAAAACCCCGUGGCUGAAGAUCUUUCUGUCCAUGAAGGUCUGGGCCAUCGUUGUCACUCACACCUGCGCCAACUGGGGCACCUACACUUUCCUCACCAACAUGCCCACCUACCUCAGAGAGGUUCUCUACUUCCCCGUACAAGCGGUAAGGCCAGUUAAGCCAGUAGCAGCUUGGGUACAUUUUCGGUGUCUUGAAAUCAAAUUAACGUUUACUUAAUCAAAUUUUCACCAGCAAAUUUUAUAUUAAAACUUUUUUUUUGUUUUUCAACUCGUGUGAUGUUAAG